AUGGCGACUGCUACCUCCACAGGCAACUUUGAGGCACGAAGCGCGACGGUCUCGCGCGUGACCAACGAGACCAAGAUCGAGGUCUCUCUCUCGCUGGAUACGCACCCUACGUUCGCGCCACAGACCAUCAACGUCAAGACCGGCAUUGGGUUCCUCGACCACAUGCUGCACGCACUCGCCAAGCACGGCGGCAUGUCCCUGACCCUGGCCUGCGACGGAGAUCUGUGGAUUGACGACCACCACACAGCCGAAGACUGCGCUCUCGCCCUCGGAGCCGCGUUCAAGAAAGCCCUUGGGCCCGUCAAAGGCAUCAAGCGCUACGGCACCGGUCAUGCGCCUCUCGACGAGGCCCUCAGUCGCGCCGUGAUCGACAUCAGCUCCCGUCCCUACUGCGUCGCCGAACUCGGUCUGAAGCGCGAGAAGAUCGGCGAUCUCAGCUGCGAGAUGAUCCCGCACGUCUUCCACAGCUUUGCCAUGGAGGCAGGAGUCACCCUGCACGUGGACUGUUUGAGGGGAGACAACGAUCAUCAUAGGAGCGAGAGCGCGUUCAAGGCGCUCGCGCUGGCGAUCAAGGAGGCGGUCAGCAGGACCGGGACGGAUGACGUGCCGAGUACCAAGGGUGUCCUUUGA